GUGCAGAGCUGGCUGAGUGAGCGGAGGGUUAUCUUUGUUCUCCGAGCUUUGGUAAGCACGAUCUGUGCAUUUGUCUCACAGCCCUCACCACUGUAUACAUGUUACCUAGCAACCACGUUCCUUACCACGUCAUCACGUGACCCUCUGCAAUCACUUCUGGGUCAGCACUGUACGGGAGAGGUUCACUUACUAUUGAUAUUUCCAGCAGUAGGAGUUUUUCUAAAGGACAGGACACCAACAGAAAUAUACUAAGCAAGAUUAUGAAGAAAUCUUUUAAUAAAAAGACCAAGGAUUCUAACUCUCCAACCUCAAGCAAUCUCUCAGAAUCUUAUAUGUCUACAAAGGAGAUAGUAAACCUCAACACAAAACCUUUAUCAUGUUCUGUAUGCGGAAAAUGUUUUCGCUGGCAGUCAGAAAUUGUAAUACAUCAGAGAACUCACACAGGAGAGAAACCGUUUGCAUGUUCUGAAUGUGGGAAAUGUUUUAGCUGUAACUCUGCUCUAGUUAUGCACCAGAGAACUCACACAGGUGAGAAACCUUUCUCGUGUCCUGAAUGUGGGAAAUGUUUUCGUGAUAGCUCAGCUCUAGUUCAACACCAGAGAAUUCACACAGGAGAGACACCUUUCUCAUGCUCUGAAUGUGGGAAAUGUUUCAGCAUUAGCUCAGGUCUAGUUGUACACCAGAGAAUUCACACAGGAGAGACACCCUUCUCAUGCUCUGAAUGUGGGAAAUGUUUUCGUGAUAGCUCAGCUCUUGUUCAACACCAGAGAUCUCACACAGGAGAGAAACCUUUCUCAUGUUCUGAAUGUGGGAAAUGUUUCAGCAUUAGCUCAGGUCUAGUUGUACACCAGAGAAUUCACACAGGAGAGAAACCUUUCUCAUGUUCUGAAUGUGGGAAAUGUUUUAGUGAUAGCUCAGUUCUAGUUCGACACCGGAGAACUCACACAGGAGAGAAACCUUUCUCAUGUUCUGAAUGUGGGAAAUGUUUUAGUGAUAGCUCAGUUCUAGUUCGACACCAGAGAACUCACACAGGAGAGAAACCUUUCUCAUGUGCUGAAUGUGAGAAAUGUUUCCGCCAGUAUUCUCAGCUUGUUAAACAUCAAUUAUCUCACACCGGAGAGAAACCUCUCUCAUGUUUUGAAUGUGGGAAAUGUUUUAGCUGUAACUCAGCUCUAGUUGUACACCAGAGAACUCACACAGGAGAGAAACCUUUCUCAUGUGCUGAAUGUGGGAAAUGUUUUAGCUGUAACUCAUCUCUAGUUGUACACCAGAGAACUCACACAGGUGAGAAACCUUUCUCAUGUGCUGAAUGUGGGAAAUGUUUUAGCUGUAACUCAUCUCUAGUUGUACACCAGAGAACUCACACAGGAGAGAAACCUUUCUCAUGUGCUGAAUGUGGGAAAUGUUUUAGCUGGAACUCUGCUCUAGUUAUACACCAGAGAACUCACACAGGUGAGAAACCUUUCUCGUGUCCUGAAUGUGGAAAAUGUUUCAGCUAUAGCUCAGGUCUAGGUCAACACCAGAGAACUCACACAGGAGAGAAACCUUUCUCAUGUGCUGAAUGUGGGAAAUGUUUUUGCCAGUACGCUCAGCUUGUUAAACAUCAAUUAGCUCACACAGGAGAGAAACAUUUCUCAUGUACAGAAUGGAGAAAUAGUUUUGUCAGUAAACCAGAGUUUGUUAAGCAUCAGACAACUCACACAGUAGCGUUUUUAUAAUGUGUUUAUGAAUUAACAUCAGAAUUAAACAACUAAUACUAUGAAUUGCUUUAUUGCUGACACAAGAAAAUAUACCUGUGAUAGUAGCAAUGUAUAAAUGAUGCAUUGGUAUUGCGAUUGUGUUAACUCUACAGAGCCCCUCUUUACUUUCCUCCCCUUUGAUAUUACUGUUAAAUUUGAAAACGUCUGUGCCUUCCAUGCACAACUUUUGUUUUCUUUAAUGUUUGUUUAUUUGUGGUUAGUGUGAGUUAUUGCACAUAUUGAAUCUGAAUGUUGAAAAUAUUUUGCCCGUAAAGGAGAGCUUGUUAUACUAAUUCAACUAAUUCACACAGGAGAGAAACCUUUUUCUUUUUCUGAAAGUGGGAAAUGUUUUAGCCUGCAUGUGCACCUUGUUAGUCAUCAGAGAACUCACACCAGAGAGAAAUUGUGUGAUGUUUUGAUUGUUCCAAAUGUCAUAGUCAACUCUAGUAAUAUAUGAAGCAUCUAUGUAUUAAUUUGGGAAUAAAAUAUAUUUUACUGUGAACGUGAGACAUUCUAAAAUCAUAAUUCGAAGUUUGCUUACGUUUCAGCACCUUGUUAUAGCAAAGCCUUUCUCAUGCUAACACUAUAAAUAAUAACUGUAACAGUAGCAGUCAGUGUACAAAUGAUGCAUUGGUAAUGUGAUAACUUGUAAGCAUCCCCUGUUAACUGAAUGAAAAUGUGCAAAUUGACAUAAUGCUGACGUAAUUUAGUGCAACUAUGUC